GAAUAAUGGUGUUUCUGAGUUAGAUCUUCAAUCUUUUUCUAGACAUCGCUCUCGAGAAAGUUUAGCUGAAUACUGCAAGAUUAGUAAUGAUCAACAUAUUACAAACACAGCUAUGCUUAUUCCAUUCUCAUUUGAAGAUUUGGAUCUAGAUGAAUACGAUUAUGGCAAUAGAUAUAAAGGUUUAGUUGAAGAAGCAAAUGAAGACAAUGAGUCGGAUUUAGAAAAUUCAUCAACUACUCGACCAACAAACAUUGAAAUUCAAAAAACCCAACCGCGAAACUUUGAAAUUCUAGAAACCCAACUACAAAGCAUUGAAAUUCAACCUGAAAGAGUUGAAAUUCAAGAAACCCAAUCAACUAAUCUUGAAAUUCAAGAAAUUUCUAAUCCAUAUUCCACGUCUUCUAUUAUAGCACUUUUCAAGCCACCAUAUCAUUCUGAUUCACCAAUGAUCAUUAA